GCGUUGCGUAAUUUCACAGUCGACGUAAGAUAGACUGCGCGUUCCUAACUGACAACACAUUGAUAAUCAUAACAGAGAAGUACAGCGAAAUAACAACGCCAAACGUGUAAUUGUUAGGAAACGCACUUUCGAGGAAUGAGGAAAUCAUGGAUGAUCGAUGUCAACGUGUAGUUGACGGCUUAUUUUGAGGUCAAUGGAUGCUUUGCACCUGUUUGCAUCAGAAGAAGAGUCUCGCGCCUGGAGAAGCAGGCAGCGCAGUUUCAGCACCAGCGCCAUCAGAGCUGACGUAUUCACAGAGCGGAGCAAAGCGAGUCUCGUACACAAUAAUGUCUUCAGCGGUAUUAGGUGCUUUUAUCCAAAACAACUUGUAUGCAAAGCAAGGAAGAUUAAAAGCAGUUUGACAUAAUCAUCAAGUUACAACAUUCACAGUAUUUUUGUUUACUAUCAGUCAGCCACUCAUUGAUACUGUUUUGUUUUUUGAGAAAUUGCUCAGAGGCCGUCUCUUUCAUGCCAGGCAGUACUUUAUGAGGCAUAAAUCUAGUAUCACAAUGGCACCCGUUGAAAACUGUGAUGUCCUUAUUACAUUACCAGACACCACAGAUGACCAUACGCUGUUAUGGUUACUUAACCAAAUCCGUCUGGGGAUUCCACAAAUCACCAUUCAGAUUCGGCAACAUAAAUACACUCAAAACUAUGCAUUCUUCAUUACCUCAAACUUUGACAACUUGUUGCGUGGAGCUGAGCAGAUGGGCAUGCAAAAGGCCGUGAAGCAGCGCUAUGGAGGCGGCACUCGCAGGUUUUCAUGUGAGGAGGAUGACAUCUAUGAGAACAUCGAAAGUGAGCUGUGUUUCUUCACAUCACAGGAGCGUCAGAGUAUUUUAAGAUACUGGCUGGACAAUCUGAGAGCCAAACAGGGCGAAGCUCUUCAUAAUAUUCACUUUCUGGAGGGCCAACCAAUCAUACCGGAGCUCAUAGCAAGGCGUGUAAUUCUUCAAAUGUUUCCCAUUCAUGAGCAGAGAAUUUUGAACCAGCUGAUGACGUCUUGGGUUCAGGCUGUCUGCGAGAAACAACCCCUAGAUGACGUCUGUGAUUAUUAUGGGGUGAAAAUUGGAAUGUAUUUUGCAUGGUUGGGAUUUUACACCAACUCUAUGCUGUACCCAGCAGUGAUUGGCUUUCUGCUUUGGAUGUUUGCUGAGUCCGAUCAGACAAGUCAGGAUAUCUGCUGUGUGGUAUUUGCCCUUUUCAAUGUGGUGUGGGCAACGCUGUUCCUGGAGAGAUGGAAGCGUCGGGAAGCAGAACUGGCAUAUAAGUGGGGAACACUGGACACCCCUGCAGAGUCACUAGAGGAGCCCCGUCCACAGUUUCGGGGAGUUAAACGUCGCAGUCCAGUGACGGGAUGUGAAGAGUUUUUCUAUCCACCCUGGAAGAGGACAAUGUUUUGCUGGUUAGUCAGCUUUCCCGUCUGCAUCCUCUGUCUCUGCUUCGUAUGCUUGCUCAUGUUUAUCUGCCUGGAGCUUCAAGAAUUUGUCAUGGAAACAAAAGAGUUGCCAAGCAUAUGUAGAUUUAUUCCUAAACUUCUUCUGGCUAUAACUGUUACUGUAUGUGACGAAGUGUACAAGAAAAUAGCUCUUUGGCUCAAUGAUAUGGAAAAUUACAGACUUCAGAGCACUUACGAUAACAAUCUCAUCCUGAAGACUGUUUUUUUUCAGUUCAUAAAUUCUUACCUCAGCCUUUUCUACAUCGGAUUUUAUCUGAAAGAUAUGGAGCGGCUGAAAGAGAUGCUGGCUACACUGCUGAUAUUCAGACAAAUUCUGCAAAAUAUAAAAGAAGUGUUACAGCCCUAUCUCUAUGAGCACCAUAAAUUGGGAGCUCUCAGGACGUUAUGGGACUUAAUUCAUACCAUGUUGCUGAACUACAGUCAUUUAAUUGUGCAAAGGAUACGAUUGACUUGCCAAGGCCGACCAGAUGAAAAUAAAUUUGGCACGUCUCCAGAGAAGAGAGAGAGAAAGAGUUUAAUUGCCAGCUACAGAGUUCCCAAAACAGAGGAAGGGGACGAUGAUGCUUGUCUAAAGCAAAGAAAGGUCAGUUUCACGGAAAAGGUGGAAUACAAAGAUAGGAUCGUGGAAUCACCAACCAAAGAGAGCUUACAGGACGAUGGCAGUCCUACGCUUGUGGAGAAAGGAAUGGAUCCAUCCUAUAUAUUUGAUAUGUGUGACGAUGAUGAUGUUAUUGAUAAGAAAUUGGAUGACUUCAUGAGUAAUCCACAAGGGCUUCAGAGAAGAAAGAUCAGAUCUACUGGAGACAAUGGCAAUGUGGAAAAGAAAAUGUCUUGGAUGGACCCUCCAGAGAAGACUGAGCCUACUGUUUUGACCCAAACAGAGAUUGAAAGUUGCAUGUUAACUUAUGAGGAUACUCUACAGGAUUAUCAAGAGAUGUUCAUACAGUUUGGCUACGUGGUGCUCUUCUCCUCUGCAUUUCCCUUAGCAGCCAUGUGUGCCCUCAUAAACAAUAUUAUAGAGAUCCGUAGUGAUGCCUUAAAACUUUGCUCAGGCCUCCAAAGACCCUUUGGUCAAAGGGUAGAGAACAUUGGACAAUGGCAGACCGCAAUGGAGGCUAUGGGUCUGAUUGCAAUAAUUGUGAACUGUUACCUUAUUGGCCAAUGUGGACAGCUACAACGACUCUUCCCCUGGUUGAGCCCUGAGAUGGCCAUUGUCUCUGUUGUAUUACUAGAGCACUUUGCAAUUUUACUCAAAUACAUAAUUCAUAUUGCAAUCCCUGAUAUUCCAAACUGGGUGGAAGAUGAGAUGGCCAAGCUUGAAUACCAACGGAGGGAAGCCCUCAAGAAACAUGAACGUCUGGCUCAGCAGCACCAGCAGCAGCAACGGAGGAAGACAGAAGCAGAAGAAGAGCAUCAAAAAUUGGCAGAGGAACUGGCACGACAAGAGAGCGAGCAAGACAAGUCAGAUCCUGGUGAGGGUGAAGAUCAUCACCACCACCACCAUGAUAAAAGUACAGGGGGAAAAUUCAUCACUGGAGAAAAGCUCAAGAGACCCAGUUCUCUUUUAGGCAACAAUAAUGUGAUGAAACUUAAACAGAUAAUCCCGCUUCAGGGUAAAUUCACUUCUACCACUUCUCCCACUAGUGGGGAGGCCAAACUUCCAGGUUUUCUUAAGUUCCUCAAAUCUCAAGAGGUGAAAAAAGAAGCAGCUACAGCAGUUGUGUUAGCACCUGCACAUGGGAACCAUGAAAAAUCGCAGUCUCCCAGCAAAUCAUUCAACCCGGGCAAACGCUUCAACUUUGGAAAAGACAAUUUGUGUACCGGUGCUGGUUCUGAUCAGCAACCUAAAGCAGAUGAUAUUUCUAGGGCCAGUAAUGCACAACACAUAAAUCCUGACCAAACCACUUCUUCAGAAGAGCUGCCAUCUUCUGAUACUGAAAUGGGUGAGAAUACAGACUCUGGUAGUAAUCCUUUAAAAAAACUAUGAAUGGUGAUACUCAGUAUAUACAAUAUUGAAUGUGAUACAUAACAUUUGCUUGAAUGUAAUAAAAAUACCCACGCAGUGAUGUAGCUGCAUGUCAAAAGAUGAAUCAUUUAUAUUAAUCUGAGAUCUUCAUAUGCUUCAUAUCUCACUGAAGGAGGCAUGCAUCAGCCCCUGCAUGUUAAUUUACUUGGGCAUAAGAAAGUACGUUCGAAUGAUCACUGUAAUCAGAAAAUUUUUAGAUUUUCUAUUUUUCUACACAUUAUUUUUUAUUACAAAAAACGUUUAAAUGUGACAUCUUUAAAUACUGCAUUGUCUUUGCUGAUUUUGAGUGAGUCCAUAAUGCAAUAAAAUAAGGAAAUACUGUGAAAAUAAUAUAUAAGGUGCAUCACAGCCAGUGCACACAGAUUACUCCACAGCCCAUUUUGUACUGCUGCUUCCGCAAUAAUAUAUGCACAUCAAAUUGCUUUAAAACUGCACUAAACUGUGGAAAUAAAAUACAAUAACUAAUA